CAAAAACAAGGAAAAAAAGCCCCAAAAAGGAACUCUCUCUCUCUCUCUCUCUCGUCUCUCUCUCUUUGUGUUAUUGCGGGUCUUUGCAUGAGAUAGCAAAGGCGGAGGCCAUGUCUCUCGGAAGGAAGUUCCUCUCCCGAAAAUUCUCCAAAUCCUUCAGGGAGCUCGGCCGGGCUCUCAGGGAGGAGGGGGCGGCGGGGGAGGAGGAGGACAGGGCCUCCUCCCUACCCGGGGGCGAUAUGGCCCGGGUCGAGUCCGCGGCUGCAUACGGACAGUCGUGGGGCACAAUGCUCCCGGAGCUGCUCGGGGAGAUCAUCCGGCGGGUAGAGGUUUCGGAGGACCGUUGGCCGCAGCGGCAAAAUGUCGUCGCCUGCGCCUGCGUCUGCAAGCGGUGGAGGGAAAUCACCAAGGAGAUCGUUAGGGCUCCCCUCAACAGUGACAAGAUCACUUUUCCCUCUUGCCUCAAGCAGCCCGGGCCACGUGACUUUUCACAUCAAUGUCUUAUUAAAAGGAACUCAAAGAAUUCGACCUUUUACCUUUAUCUCGCCCUGACUCCAUCAUUCACGGAUAAAGGGAAGUUUCUUUUAGCAGCUCGGAGAUAUAGACAUGGUGCCCACAUUGAGUAUAUUAUAUCUCAUGAUGCUGAUGAUCUAUCACAAGGAAGUAAUGCAUAUGUUGGGAAGUUGAGCUCGGACUUCCUGGGGACCAACUUCACAAUCUAUGACAGUCAACCACCCCAUAGUGGAGCAAGACCCUCAAGCAAUCGCGCUAGCCGCCGCUUUGCGAGCAAGCAGAUAAGCCCUCAGGUACCUGCUGGCAACUUUGAGGUCGGGCAUAUCACCUACAAGUUCAACCUCCUUAAAUCCCGAGGCCCAAGGAGGAUGGUCUGUUCCCUUAAGUGCUCUUCUUCCCCAAGAGGAGAAGCUUCCCCUGCCCUAGAGAAAGAAACUGACCAACAUUCUUAUUCCAAGACGAAGAAGCUGGGAUCAGGAUCGGCGUCCUCUGACCCUGGGACCACGAUAUUGAGGAACAAGGCCCCAAGGUGGCAUGAGCACUUGCAGUGCUGGUGCUUGAACUUUCAUGGUCGGGUUACGGUGGCUUCAGUCAAGAACUUCCAGCUGGUCGCCACGGUCGAUCAGAGUCAACCUGGAGGUAAAGGGGACGAGGAGACAGUCCUGCUUCAGUUUGGAAAGGUCAGUAAAGAUACCUUCACCAUGGAUUUCCGGCAGCCCUUGUCUGCAUUUCAGGCUUUCGCCAUCUGCCUCACCAGCUUCGGGACGAAAAUCGCCUGCGAAUAAUAUAUUUUCAUUUUCCAUCUUUUCUUUUUUCUUUCCCCCCCGUUUUUUGGUGUUAUAUUUAUAUCACCUGUCUAAGAAAAAGCUUUUAUGUGCCUUCUAAGCAGAUGUAUGUCCUGUUUGUAUUGUUGACCUGUGAACUUCACUACACACUGGGACAUGAUAUAUAGUUUCUUUCCUGUACAUGCCGUGUAUUAAGUGAUUCGAUUGUCUCUAAAUUUUAGUGAAUUAUUAGUUUAAGUUUA